AUGAGAUUACUAGAGAAACUCGAAGGAAAGACGAAAUAUCUAUGGAACCUGCGGAACCCGUUUUUCCUAAUCAUCUUCAUUACAUUUCUAUAUCACAGUUACCAACUAUUGGUUCUAUUCCUAGAAUAUCAGACCACCGUAUACAUCAGUGAAGACGAUCCUACAGAUGUAGACUUUCCAGCAGUGACAGUGUGCACUAAUGGAAAGCUAAGACAUGAGGUUCCAAGAAUUUGGGAAAUUCCUCUGUUUACAAAGAUGAAGGAACUCGCAAUGGAGCUUUCUUGUUACAAAAUAAAUACAGAUGACAGACAUUCAGGCAACUGUUAUGAGGAAAAAGGGUACAUUUGUUUUUAUGUUUUUAAUAAAUGUUUCUAUUUAACUAAAAGAGC